AGCUCUAUAAACUCGAACACAAGGGGGCAGAAUAGCCAACUUGGCGUGGAAGUUUAUGAGAAGGAACGCAAAAUAUGAAGUUUUUUUUCUUUGCAAAUGGCUAACCUUAGGUGUCCAUGGCAGGCCUAGAGUUAAUAUUCCAUACAGUUGUAAAUCAUCUAAAAGAGGACUAACAUUAACACAAAGAAUAUGAAUUCAAGCGUUGCGCGUCCAUUCAAUUACAGUGAGACAUGCACACUAAUAUUGUGUUUAAUAUAACCUGAAAAGUUUAUUUACUAAAAAUGAAUUAAAAAUAUAUGGCUAAAUAUUGCUGAAGUGUGGCAUAUAAAUUCACAUGACUUUAAAGUACACGAUAAAUACAUAUCCGCAUAACUAGGCCUACCUCUUGUUAAACCGGUCUGGUUAUGACCAAAAUUGAAGUACUCUGCCAUGCCUAAAUGUAACACGGAGUCUAAAAUCCUUAUAGAAACAUGACCUCCCAACGCAGCUUGUGUGAAUACAUCGUGGCAAAACAGAAUUGUCUCAACCUAUUUUAAGAAAAUAUUGAGAAGUUUUAUGUAAUGUUUAUGCCAGGAUUUGCUUUUUGUAUACUGAUUGCAAGAUGGCAUGUGCUUCUGGAAGCGGUUAUAGUAAUCAGUUAAUGAUAAAGCAAAACCAUAAAUCUGUUCGUUGCUGCUUGGAAUACAAUAAAAUUAUAUAACACCGGUAGCGCAACUCUACUAUAAAUUUCAGUCGAGGUUUUUAAAAAUUCACAGUGAGCUUCCUGAUAUGCAACUAGGUCACGUUAAACCAAUAAGAAAAGCGAAUGCUGGGAAGAACAUGAAAAAUGAUCAAAUCAUAAAGUCGUUUGCUGGGCAGCGCUUGAAAAACAAUUUAUUUCCGGCAAAUAGAUAAUCUAAAGUUUCGUUUUAAUAAUCGUGGGGUGUAAGAGGUGCCUGCGAAUAGUGGUGGAGGAUAUAUAAUUAAAAAUAAAUAAGCAGUUACACAAUAAAAGUUUCGUAAUUGUAUGCGCAUCUUGUUAGUAGUAGAAACGGGCAUUUAUCCGUGUUAUUGUUAAUAACAUGAACGAAACGGAGAAUUAAAAUGUAAAUAUGGUAUGUCCUGCAAAGCAUGAUAAUGUGACAAUGCGACAGCAAUAUGUUUCUUAGUCAUUCCAUAUGGAAAAUAACCUUCAUUUUACAAACAUGCUGAUUCCUGAAUUUAUUGAAAAUCUGUUUACAGCAAAUAGACGCGGAUCGGGUGGGUGAACGAAACAAUGUUUUGCUGGUUUUAUUUAUUUUUUCAAAUCGUGAAGAUACCGCAUCAUACUGGAGGGGCGGCAAAUGUAGUACUAUGUCAUGUCAUUUUAUAUUAUCCAUGCACUGAAAUGCAUUGUUUAUUAGACGGACACGUUAGAAUAUGGAAACAGAUACAUAAUGUACAGAAGUCAACCACAGGAUAAACAUGCCGUAUAGCUCUCUAUGUCAAUGACACCUAAGAGGAGUAUUUCCAACCGCAAAAUAUAAAGACGCCGAGACUUAGGUGUGGUAUGCAAACUUUCAUGACUCAAAAACAAGACUUUUGCAAGUUAAGUUAUUAAUAAUAUAUGUCGCCGGCAAAUCACACCCCUAUUAAAAUGAGUAAGACAACGUACUGCUAUAUGAAUAUUGCUGCUGAAUAUAUUUAGGCAUAGCCUUGCAAUUGAAGGGCACCGCAAAAAGUGUUAAAUGUGUAGGUGUUGAGGAAGUAGCCCAUUUUGCUCCAUAAGAAAAUGGAGAAAAUAUAUUAUUUGCUUUUAAAAACUCCUUCCUUUCCAUUUUGUCAUUUAUACCUGUCCUGCCAAUGAAAAUUGUGGUUUGAGGUCUGUAAUGUUCGGGUGCUAUCCUGAACCAUCCCAUAAUAGCGGGACUUGGAGCAUGGAAACAUCAAACUAAUUAUACCAUUGGGCAGGAGAUUAGAGAUGCACAAAUUUGGAGCCAGGGAUUUCUGCAAAUGGGAUCAGGGUGAUUAGCAGGUCCACCAUGACGUGCUGGAACUUUCAGCUUGGUCAUGAGUCUUCGUCUAGAUUUCUUCUUUUGAAGGAAGGUUAUACUAAGCAACAGGUGACCAGACACAUAUUCUGUGCAUUUUUGCUAAUUAAUGAGAAACAAACCUCAUACUUGGUGACAGAAACGUCUGCCACUUACAGCAUGGAGAUCCAGAUUCUCAGAAUGGGAAUACAGUGGAGAAUGCAUACAAAUUUCUCUAGUGCAACAGUCGCCCAGGAGAGAUUACGCUUUUCAGGGUUUCGGUGCCAUUAAUUCUGAGUUUUAAUUCACAUCAAUCAAAAACUGUAGUUGUGAGACACUGAAACGCAAAUCUCUUCGGAGACUUUGGCUGAGAAACAGUAGGAGGAGGAAACCAAAUUGCUAAAUUUGUAGCUGUCUUCUGGGUCCAGGACUCCAGAACUGAGAAUGGCACUGAUGAAGGUUAAGUUUGACUUGAAGAAGCGGGUAAAACUGGCCCAGGGAUUAUGGCUGAUGUAUUGGCUGACCGUGAUGGCUGGUGUUCUCAUCUUCAGUUUGGGGGUCUUCUUCAAGAUUGAGCUGCAUAAACGGAGUGAAAUGAUGGACAACAAUGAGAGUCACUUUGUCCCCAACCUGCUGAUCCUGGCAGGGCUGAUGGCAUGUGGUAUCAACGCCUUUGGCGGGAAGAUCUGUCACGACUCACUGGACCCGACAAAGUUCCCCAAGUGGAAGUCCGUACUGAAGCCAUUUUUGGCCGGCAUCAUCCUCUUCAAUGUGCUGCUCUUCAUUACGGCGUUCCUGUGCUUUGCCAUGCGCUUGACCCUGCAGUCCACGCUGGCCGAGGGCCUGAAGAACAGCAUGAAGUUGUACAAGGACACGGACACUCCGGGUCGCUGCUACAUGAAGAGGAUGCUGGACCUGACCCAGAUGGAGUUCCGCUGCUGUGGAAACAACAAUUACAGGGACUGGUUUGAGAUCCAGUGGAUCAGCAACCGAUACCUGGAUUUCAGCUCCAGUGAAGUGAGGGACCGUGUCAUGAGCAAUGUGGAGGGCAAGUACCUGAUGGACGGGGUGCCAUUCAGCUGCUGCAACCCCAGCUCGCCGCGGCCCUGCAUCCAGCAGCAGCUCACCAACAACUCGGCCCACUACAGCUACGACCACCACACUGAGGAGCUCAACAUCUGGAUGCGCGGCUGCAGAGAGGCCCUGCUCUCCUACUAUGGCAGCAUGAUGAACAGCAUUGGGGCCCUUGUCUUACUGGUCAACAUCCUGGAGGUGGCAGUAAUGGUGGGCUUGCAAUACUUGAACACGGCUUUGGCGACACUGGCAAAUCCGGAGGACCCAGAGAGCGAGAGUGAGGGCUGGCUGCUGGAGAAGAGUUUUAAAGAGACCAUCACAGAUUUCACACAGAAAGUUAAAUCGCUGGGCAAGGGUGUGCAGGUGGAAGCCGGGGAGGGUGGGCAGGAGCAGGCAGUUGCCACAGUGAGCUGAGAAUGUUCCAUCCACCCAUAUUUAAACCUCUCCCUACUCUUGGGGACAAGAUCAAAUGUGGGAAAUAUUCUCAACAAACAACUAAUAAUACCUGUCCAACAGAAGGCUCCUUUUGACUUCCAGUAUUUUUCAGCAGCAUUAUUCUUAAAUUCCAUGGGUAAAAUCUUUUAACAUUUCAGAAUAAAAACAGGACGGCUUCUGCCUCGCAGCGGAGGCAAAAAAAACCUUCCUUCACGCCAUCACGGAUACCGUGUCCUUAGACACCUUCUGCAGAGCGCAUGCUAAACCUGUUCACCGCGGAUGGCAUGUUUGCGUCACAGGGGCCUUUGAAGUUCAGCCCAAGACUGCUGCACUUAGCCACUGGGGGUGCAAAGACACAAGCAGAGUUUUAGUCACAAUGCAUUAAUAUAAAGCUGCUUUAAAUAAUCACAGGGUAUACAGUCUGCUGUGGGGACUGGGAGGAACAAUGGGGGCUCUCUCAAGGAAGCUGUUCUACUUGGGGGCCUGAUGGUCACUCCCAGUCCCCCCUCCCCAGCUGGAAAUCAGAAGACAUGAGUGUUGGAAUGAGGCAGCCAUCUUAACCAAAACAACCACACAGACAUACACCUUAAAGUUGUAUAUUUCUGUGUAAUACCAACUUAAGUCCUGGCCUUGUUCAGUAGUGUCCUUAUGUUUGUGGGCUAGGUGGAGCUGGUAGGUUCAGCCCAAACAUGUAAGAUAUUCAGAGGGUCUGUCUUUCUUCACUGGAGGAAAAAGUCCACUAAACAUAGAAGAGGAGACAAUUCCUCUGCAUCUCAUUAGGUUAGGGUGCUGUGCCCAUGCUCAGGCCGUGCAAAUCCCAGGGUCUCACUGUUCACAGUCCCAGUCUCACCGUUGGGCACUUAAGUAAGGCCCUUAAGUCCCAAUUACUGCAGGGACUGGCUGACUAUGCUUUCUUAAAAAUGAAGUGUGUUUGCUUUGGAUAAGAGCACCUGCUAAAUAAAUAAACACUGUUAUGCA